AUGGUGCCCACUUUAUAUCUUGGCCAGACUUUGAAGAGCCGAACUGGCCUUUACACUAUUAUAAAACAGCUCCAGGACUCUGUUUGGCUUGCGACAAACGAGCAUCACCAGAAAGUUAUCGCAAAGAGCGUCCAUCAUUUUCGAUUGCAGAAUGAACGAGAUGUUCUACUUCGCUUCCAACGCCGAACGCCAUCUAUUCGCCCACUCAUCGAAGGGCUUGAAGACUCCGAUACUCCUCCUACACUCAUAUAA